CAGGGGGGACCCCCGCGGGGCUGGAGGGCGGCGGGGGGCAGAGGAGCGGACCCCCCGGCUCGCAGCGCCUGCCCCGGUUUGCCCAGCCUCUGCCGCCAGGGAGGGCAGCUCCCCACCGGCCGCGUGUCCCGGGGCGCCCCGCUGCUUGGAGCCACCUGGGCUGGGCAUUGGCCUCCGGCAGGUCCCGCGCUUCCUUUCCGCCCGGGGCUGGAUAUGUGGAUGCUCACGCGAAGAUGGAUUUAGUGUACGGGCUGGUGUGGCUGCUGACGGUGCUGCUGGAGGGGAUCUCCGGCCAAGGGGUGUACGCCCCACCCACAGUGCGGAUCGUGCACUCAGGCCUGGCGUGUAACAUCGAGGAGGAGCGCUACUCGGAAAGGGUAUACACCAUCCGCGAGGGAGAGACUCUGGAGCUCACCUGCUUGGUGACGGGCCAUCCUCGGCCACAGAUCAGGUGGACCAAAACAGCGGGAAGUGCCUCUGACAGAUUCCAAGACUCGAGUGUCUUCAAUGAAACUCUGAGGAUUACAAAUAUCCAGCGACACCAAGGAGGCCGCUACUACUGCAAGGCGGAGAAUGGUUUGGGUUCCCCAGCUAUAAAAUCAAUCCGAGUGGAUGUGUACUAUUUAGAUGACCCGAUAGUGACAGUUCACCAGAGCAUCGGGGAAGCAAAAGAACAGUUUUACUAUGAGAGAACAGUGUUUCUCAGGUGCGUUGCUAACUCCAACCCACCUGUACGGUACAGCUGGAGACGUGGCCAAGAGGUAUUACUGCAAGGGUCGGAUAAAGGAGUUGAAAUCUACGAACCCUUCUUUACCCAGGUAGGAAUCAAGGGGGAAACAAAGAUAUUGAAACUAAAGAAUCUUCGGCCUCAGGACUAUGCUAAUUACAGCUGCAUUGCUUCAGUGAGGAGUGUGUGCAACAUCCCUGACAAGAUGGUGUCUUUCAGACUGUCCAAUAAAACAGCGUCUCCGUCAAUUAAGCUCCUGGUGGACGACCCCAUAGUGGUGAACCCCGGCGAGGCCAUCACCUUGGUCUGUGUGACAACGGGAGGCGAGCCGGCACCCACGCUUAGCUGGGUGAGAUCCAUUGGAGCCCUGCCUGAAAAAACCGUGCUGAACGGCGGGACCUUGACGAUACCGGCCAUCACUUCGGAUGACGCCGGCACGUACAGUUGCAUCGCAAAUAAUAACGUGGGGAACCCUGCAAAAAAGUCCACCAACAUCAUUGUAAGAGCCUUAAAAAAAGGCCGGUUUUGGAUCACGCCUGACCCAUAUCACAAAGACGACAACAUCCAGAUUGGGCGCGAGGUGAAAAUCUCCUGCCAGGUGGAAGCUGUUCCUUCUGAGGAGCUCACAUUCAGUUGGUUUAAAAAUGGACGCCCGUUGCGUAGCUCAGAAAGGAUGGUCAUCACCCAGACUGACCCUGAUGUUUCCCCUGGCACCACCAACCUGGACAUCAUCGACUUGAAAUUCACUGACUUUGGAACGUACACCUGCGUGGCAUCCCUGAAAGGCGGAGGCAUAUCCGAUAUCAGCAUUGAUGUCAACAUAUCCAGCAGUACAGUUCCGCCCAAUCUGACUGUUCCACAAGAAAAAUCACCUUUAGUCACCCGGGAAGGAGACAUUAUAGAACUACAAUGCCAGGUGACCGGAAAGCCCAAACCUAUAAUUCUUUGGUCCAGAGCUGAUAAGGAGAUUGCAAUGCCAGAUGGAUCCAUGCAGAUGGAGAGCUAUGAUGGAAUACUGAGGAUAGUGAAUGUGUCUAGGGAGAUGACAGGAACGUACAGAUGUCAGACCAGUCAGUACAAUGGAUUUAAUGUGAAACCCAGAGAAGCAUUGGUGCAGCUCAUUGUGCAGUAUCCUCCUGCGGUGGAACCAGCAUUUCUGGAGAUUCGACAGGGCCAGGGUCGAAGCAUCACUAUGAGUUGCCGGGUGCUGAGAGCGUAUCCAACUCGGGUUCUGACGUACGAGUGGAGACUGGGCAACAAGUUGCUGCGGACUGGUCAGUUUGAUGCUCACGAUUCUACGGAGUACAUAGUGAGCAGCCUUUCCAGGGACAGUUAUGGGAUUUACAAUUGUAACAUCAUCAAUGAAGCUGGGGCAGGCCGAUGCAGCUUCCUCGUUACAGGCAAAGCCUAUGCCCCAGAGUUCUACUACGACACCUACAGUCCCCUCUGGCAGAACAGACCUCGGGUUUACUCCUACAGUCUGCAGUGGACUCAAAUGAACCCAGAUGCUGUGGACCGCAUCCUUGCAUACCGUUUAGGGAUUAGACAGGCUGGACAACAGCGUUGGUGGGAACAGGAGAUCACAGUAAACGGAAACAUUCAGAAAGGAGAGUUAAUUACAUACAACCUGACUGAGCUGAUCAAGCCAGAGGCCUAUGAAGUCCGCCUAACUCCCAUCACCAGAUUUGGGGAGGGAGAUUCAACCAUUCGUGUCAUCAAAUAUAGUGCUCCAGUCAAUCCUCACUUAAGAGAGUUUCACUGUGGAUUUGAAGAUGGCAACAUAUGUCUGUUCACUCAAGAUGAUACGGAUAAUUUUGACUGGACGAAACAAAGCACUGCCACCAGAGACACAAAAUAUACCCCAAACACUGGACCCAAUGCAGACCGAAGUGGCUCCAAAGAAGGUUUCUACAUGUACAUUGAAACGUCACGCCCGAGGCUGGAAGGAGAAAAGGCCAGGCUUCUGAGUCCUGUUUUCAGCGUAGCCCCUAAAAACCCUUAUGGAGUCACCAACACAGCAUAUUGUUUUAGUUUCUACUAUCACAUGUACGGACAGCACAUAGGAAGCUUGAAUGUUUAUCUGCGGUUAAAGGGACAGACCACAAUAGAAAAUCCAGUAUGGUCUUCAAGUGGGAAUAAGGGACAGCACUGGAACCAGGCCCGGGUUAAUAUACACCCCACCACUUCAUUUCAGCUCAUUUUUGAAGGGAUCCGAGGUCCUGGCAUUGAAGGUGAUAUUGCUAUUGAUGAUGUAUCGAUUGUGGAAGGAGAGUGUAUGAAAGCAGACCAGCCAGCCAACAAUUUACGAGCAGGUGCUGUUGGGACAUUAGCACAUAUAUGGCUUUUUCCAGUGAUCCUCCUCAUGUCUGUCUUAAGUCAUCAAAGGUGACCUUAUCCUGGCAGAGGCUAUGAAAGAUUCACCAGGCAUUGGCAUGAAGAAAGAGUCUUUGUAAAAUGGACAUUUAAAAACAAACUACCAAAGAUUCCUCCACUGACUGACUCAAAACAUUAAAAUAAAUAAAUAAAAAUUAAAAAAAAAAAAAGCACUGGGGAUAAAAGGCAUCAUGGGAGCGUAACUGACUCUGAACCACAUAUGAAAAGCGAUCUGGCGUAAAAGAGACCUUCAGGUGCUUUUGUGGUCUAUAAGAAAUACGGCAUCAUCUGGUUGAACUCUGAAAAAAAGACCUAUAGAAAUCCUUGUCAAAGCACAAAGUCAUGGCUGGUUUUGUUUCAAAUGAAUAGUUUGCUUGUUACCAUGGAAACCUAAUGGCCUGCCAAAAAAAGAAAGAGCGAGAGAGAAACAACACCUCACUGUAAACAGGGUAUAUGAAGAGCUGGCGUUUAUUUUCCCUUCAAGAAGGUUUUUAGUAUAGAAUUAAAUAAAUGUAGGCCCUUUCACCUUUGGGUGUCACCUCCCCUAGAGAAUAACCCUCGAUCAAAGAUGUUUAAGACAUUUAUGUUUCAUUUUCUCAUGGCUAUGCUAGAUAACUGUAUGCUGUCUCCUUUUGCAUGCAUUACUAUCCAGGGUGUGUAACCUGGGCUUACAUAUGACACAGGCUUAUCCGAGUUUGCUUGCAGCCACUUCAACACCUUUCCUCCCCAACUAAGUCAUCUGUCCUAAUGAAGUGAAGAAACCAAACCACCGUCUUUUAUAAAUUGCCAUGGAAACCAAGUGCCUUCAAUGAAACAAGCCUGAUUAAAAAACAAACAAACAAAAUCAACACAGAAGCUUGCACUGCUAAAAUGUGGUUUGUGCAAACUAUUUUCUAAACAAACCACAGAGCCUAAGUGUGCAAACAGCAGGCAAGGGAACAAAGCCGCUUCUGGAGAAGGAUGGACCUAAGUUGCUGCGUAAGACCCUUUCCGACGAGAUGUUCCAGACAGCCAUGGCCUUUCAGCUUAUUAUCCAUUAGAAAAUAGCUUCCAUUGGUCCUGGAGAUGGGAGCAGCACUUUUUUAUUCCAGAUGAUCAAGUGGGUCAACCAGAGAAAAAGGUUGUUAAGAUGUACUUAGCGCAGCAGGUGGUAAAACACAAAAGGGAUUUUCUUACUCUAACCUCCAUUUGAAAAGAAAUUGGCCCGAGCUUUAGAGAGACGAGAAGGUGUGUGUGUGCGAUUGCAGUGCAUACAAAAUAACACAAAAAGGGGGCCGCCAACACAAAGGGGGCCUGCAAAUCUGGCUUUAUUCAAAACACGGAUGGUAUAAUGCCUCUGCCCGUUAGUCAGACUCUGUGCAGAUUGUGAAAUAUUAUUUUAUUAUUUUAGCAUAAUUAAAAAAGACACUUUUACAAAAAAAAAAAAAAAAAAAAAACCUGUAAAAAUGAUUUUGAGCUACCUGAGUACCUACCAUACCUUUAACCGGCCAGUUUUCCAAUGCAUUGUAAAUUUCCCUUAUUCAGUGGGUUAUGAAAAUUUGAAAACCUUUUUCCUUAAAUUAUCUCAGCUUUUAACUUCAUUUAAAAAAAGACUUUUGUCUAAAGAUGAUGAUUAUUUUAUUAUAUGUUCAAUGCCCUAGGAUUAAAAAAAACUGAUAUGCAAGUAAUUGGGUUACAAAUAUUAAAAACAACGACAAAAUAUAACAUUUGCAAAUAUUAAUAUAAAAAGCACAACAAGAUGCAGUAAAACAAUUACAAGGCUUGAUUUUUUUUUAUUCUGUAGAAAAAUGUUUGUGCAAAUUCAGUAAUUCAACUGAAGAGACAAUUUUACAGCUAUGUUCAAUAAAGCCUCUUUCCAGGUAAGGUA